AUGAAUGACACGCUCGUGUUUUGUCGCACAAAUUACAGACUGAUCCACCUGGCUGAAAUCUUCGAAUUCGCCAAACCUCUAGUAGGUUCGACAAGUAUACAGUUUGCUAAUGGAGAUGAAGGAAAACAGCGACGUCACAUCUAUGACAAAUCUUUUACUCACGAGGCAGUUGAAAAUUACUACCACAUUUUUCAAAAGGCUGCUGAUGAGGCAACUGAUAAAAUAGGAUUGCUUCCUCCCAAUGAUCAUAUAAAUUUGACAGAGCACAUGUCCAUGUUUGCUUUGAAAGCUCUGAAUCGAGCUCUAUUCGGUGAUUUCUUCAAAGACGAUAAUCAUGCUGUUACAUUGUUGCGUCAUUAUGAGAAAGUAAUGGAAAUUAUGAGCCAAAGCCUCUCUGAGAGUACUGAGAGUACCAGUACAGGGACGGAAUUCAACCAAGCCCUGAAAAAAUGGCAUGACUUCAUACGAGAUUUGAUUCAGCAUCGACGUGACAACCCACCUGAAGUGGACGAAGAUUGGACGUUUAUUGAUAAUUUGAUGGAGAAUUCAUCAACAGAGGAACAACUUCUUUCAGAUGUUAUCACACAUUUUGUUGCAGGUUUUCAUACUACAACAUUAGCGUUGGUAUGGACAAUGUAUUAUAUGUGUAAAGACCAAAGUAUUCAGGCUAAGCUGCAUGAAGAGCUUCUAAGAAUUCUGGACCAAUACCAGAAUGUGAAUAAUGCGAACAUUACAAAUCUUCAGUACAUGAGACAAGUGAUUGAUGAGACGAUACGAUGCUCUGUACUAAGUCCAUUUGGUGCGAGGGUGAACCUCGAAAAAGACAUGACAAUACAGGGAUAUACAAUACUGAAAGGAACACCAAUGAUGCAAGCAUUUGGCGUUGUUCAUCAUGAUGCGAAAAUAUGGCCUGACCCAGUGAGAUUCGAUCCUGAAAGAUUUUCUCUGGAACGUUGCAGGAAACGUCAUGCGUUGGCGUUCACUCCAUUUGGAUUUGCUGGUAAACGGAAAUGUCCAGCCUUUCGUUUUUCAUAUGCUGAGAUUUCUGUAUUUUUGUCAACACUUUGUAGGAAUUUCGAAUUUCAACUUGUCGAAGGUCAAACCAUAGACAGAAAAUAUGGAUUUGUAACCACACCAAGUAAUGACGUCUGGGUCACAGUUACUAAAAGAGAGUAA